AUGGUCAUGCCCUUUGGACUAUCCAACCCACCCAGCACUUUUAUGAGAUUUAUGCAUCAGGUUUUACGGCCUUUCAUGGAGAAGUUUGUGUGGACCGAGGAGGCAGAGGCUAGCUUUCAGUUGGUUAGGCAGAAGAUGAUAGAGGCCCCAAUUUUGGUACUUCUGGACUUUGAGAAAGUGUUCGAGGUAAAUUGUGAUGCGUCUGGAAUUGGUAUUGGUGGUGUUCUGAGUCAGGAGGGGCGUUCAGUAGCCUUUUUUAGUGAGAAGCUAUCGGGAUUGAAGAAAAAUUAUUCCACUUAUGACCUGGAGUUCUAUCACAAGCUGAGUAGGCAACAUGCAAAGUGGGUGGCGUACUUGCAGGAGUUUACUUUCACACUAAGGCAUCAAACAGGGAGUUUGAAUCGAGUAGAAGAUGCAUUGAGUCGUCGCACAUUACUCCUCACCACCAUGAGCACCAAGAUUGUCGAAUUUGAGGCAUUUCCUGAUAUGUAUGCUACAGAUCCUUCAUUUGGAAAAAUAAUUUGGGAGUUAUGCAUUCUGGAUUGUUCGCUAAGGCAGCAGAUUAUUAGUGAACUUCAUAACGAAGGACAUUUUGGGCGAGACAAGACAUUGGCAUUAGUCUCUUCUGAUUAUUUCUGA